AUAAAAUAUAAGCUAUGACAACAGCGCUAGGUUCUUGAUACUGGCAAAAGAAAGACAGUGAGCGAAAAAGAUUACAUAUUCGGUAAGCGAGAUGAACCAAUAGGUAUUGGGCUGUUUGUGCUAUAGUGCCAAUCAUUAGUUUGAAAUAUUUUUAUUUAUUUAAAGUAGAUUUGUACAUAUCAAAAUUGUACCAUAAUGGUAUUAUUACGUUUUGUAUUUACUUUAUUAUUUGUAUUUUCAAAUGUUUGGUCUAAAGAAAGUAAUGAUAUUCUGGUCUAUACAGUGGCAACAGAAGAAACCAAUGGCUUUGAUAGAUACUUAAAUUCUGCCAAUGAAUUUAACAUACAACCGAAAAUAUUGGGUCUGGGCCAUGAAUGGAAAGGUGGAAAUAUUAGAACACAUCCUGGGGGUGGAUUUAAAUUUAAUCUACUCAAAAAUGCCUUGGAGGAACAUAAAAAUAGUAACAAAGUGGUACUCUUCACAGACUCCUAUGAUGUGAUAUUUUUAGGAAAAGUAGAUGAUAUUAUUAGGAGAUUCAAGAAAACUGGUGCAAAAGUUCUUUUUGGUGCAGAACCAUAUUGUUGGCCAGAUACCAGUUUAGCUGACCAAUAUCCAGAGGUGACAGAGGGUAAAAGGUUUUUAAACUCUGGAAUGUUCAUUGGAUAUGCCCCUGAAAUCUACAAGUUAUUAACAAGAGAAGAUAUUCAAGAUGACGAUGAUGAUCAACUAUAUUGCACAAAAGCAUAUUUAGAUAAAAAAUUCAGGGAAGAUAUUCAAAUGAAACUGGAUCAUAAAAGUGAAAUUUUCCAAAAUUUGAAUGGGGUAGCAGCUGAAAUCGAGAUUGCUUCUAAACAGGAAAAAGAAGAUGAGAGAGAAACAUAUUAUAUCAGAAAUUUAGUUUCUCGUACAGAACCAUUGAUUUUACAUGGCAAUGGACACUCAAAAUAUACUCUAAAUUAUCUUGGUAACUAUGUUCCUAAUGUUUGGAAUUCGUUGGAAGGUUGCAAACUAUGUAAAAAAGGACAGAUUGAUCUCUCAGCUAUUUCCACCAAAGAUUGGCCUACUGUUCUUAUUUCCGUAUUUAUUGAGCAAAAUACUCCAUUUUUGGAAGAAAUGUUACAGAAAUUGUAUUCCAUGGAUUAUCCAAAAGAUAGGACGCAUCUCUUUAUCCACAAUUCGAUAAAAUUCCAUACAAACAUUGUUCAAAGCUUUGUGGAAAGAUUUAGCAAAGAUUAUGUAUCUUUCAAACAAAUUACCCCUGACGAUGGUAUACCGGAAUGGACAGCAAGAGAUUUAUCACUGGAUAUAUGUCAAAAGAAAAAAUGUGAGAUAUACUUCUCUGUAGAUUCCAUCGCACACAUCGACAAUCCGUUCACGUUAAAACUUCUUAUUGAACAAAAUCGUACUGUCGUAGCUCCUAUGUUAACCAGACCUGGCAAGGCUUGGAGCAAUUUCUGGGGAGCACUGACCAAAGACGGCUUCUACUCCAGGUCCAAUGAUUACAUGGAUAUUGUACAUAAUGAGAAACAGGGAUUGUGGAACGUGCCUUUCAUCUCAAAUGCUUACAUUAUCAACUCCACGCUCUUGAGGAAAUUCGAUCGUACUCAAUUGAACUACACCAGACCUAACUUAGAUGCCGACAUGGCGUUCUGUAGUACUUUGCGGCACUUGGACGUAUUUAUGUACGUAUCAAACAGGCUUGAAUUUGGUCAUUUGAUUAACGCUGAUACAUUCGAUGUCACGAGAACAGAACCUGAGAUGUAUCAAAUAUUCGAAAAUGAGAGAGAUUGGGAAGAGAGAUACAUACAUCAAGAAUAUCCAGAUAAUUUCAAUCCCGAAAGAAAGGAUGCACAGCCUUGUCCAGAUGUUUACUGGUUCCCCAUCGUUUCGACUAGAUUCUGUGAAGCUCUUAUUAAUAUGAUGGAGAGUUUUGGAAAAUGGUCGUCGGGUAAAAAUGAAGAUGAUCGUUUGUCUGGAGGAUAUGAAGCUGUACCUACCAGAGAUAUCCACAUGAACCAAGUUGGAUGGGAAAGACAUUGGUUAUACUUUUUACAAAAGUACGUCAGACCGUUGCAAGAGAAAGUUUUCUUGGGAUACUACCAUGAUCCACCUAAGUCCCUCAUGAAUUUUGUUGUGAGAUAUAGACCAGAUGAACAACCUUCGUUAAGACCACAUCACGAUAGUUCAACUUAUACUAUCAACAUCGCCCUCAAUAAGAGAGGAAUAGAUUACGAAGGGGGCGGCUGUAGAUUCAUUCGUUAUAAUUGUAGUGUGGUUGAUACUAAACAAGGUUGGUUAUUGAUGCAUCCCGGUAGGUUAACUCACUUCCAUGAAGGUUUGUCAGUCACCAAAGGGACAAGAUACAUCAUGAUAGCGUUCGUCGAUCCAUAGAUUAUUUCUCUAUUUACCUAAUUAGAAUCGUUUAAUCAAGUUUGCUCUAGAUCCAUUCUAAAAGUUGAAUGCUUGUUGGAACAUAUAGUUCAGGUCGUAGCUGUUUUUUCUUUUUCAUAAUGCAUCAGAUGUUUUUCAGUAUAUUGAUUUAUAGUUUGUACUUUCUGACUGCUCUUUCUAUGUUUCAUAUAUAUUUUAUGAUAUUUCUUCAAUAUUACUAUUUCAAUUAGAUUCGUAUAUUUUUGUUUAUUAUUUUAUGAAUUAAGUUGAAUUUUAGUGCUUCCAAAGAGUAGAAGUAAUUAUCCAGAUAUUUUAACCAGGAGAUGUCAAACUUUCAACCAUUGUUAUACACAUUUAUAUGUUCCUCGUUUUAAUUUUCAAGCCAAUAUUUUGACAAGACUUACAUAGUAUGUAACGAUGACAGUUUUAAUUUUGUGUUCAUUUAUUUUUAUAACAUUUAAAAUUAACCCCAGAAAUUUUUAUUAUAUAGAAAAUUUUAAUUUUCUAAACCAACUUUUAAUAAAUAAUAUUAAAAUUUGAGUUAUUUUUUUUUACCUGAAAUUUGAAUCUAGAGUAAAAGAUGACUUAGACUAAAAUACAGGAGCUAGUGUUAUGCUUCUUUCAUAAGCUAAGCAUAAUCAAUGGUAGUACUGGAAUGUGUAGGUUAUAGUGAAAAAUCUCAAGGCUAUCGACAAUUGAAUAUUGGACUAUUUCUGUAUUUUGGAAUUGCUUGCACAGCAUUGGUACUAAUUAAUAAAAGCUACUUGACGUGUAGCAAUACAUAAGAUGCAGUAUAUCGUUAUAAAAAGCUCAGCUGCAACUUUAAAAGUUUGGUAAAAUUUUUAUUUCAUGAAAGCUGCAAUUCCAGGAAGAAAUUACUUUAGCAACCAACUUAAUGUCAAUCGUAUCAGCUGAUUGCUUUAAACACUGUUGUAAAUAUUUUGUUUUGUGAUAAAUUUAACGUUCUUGUUAGUUUGUAAAUUUUGUUGCUGCCUUUUAUUCACUUAACUUCGAAUUUUGAGGGACUCAGGCUACAAUGGCACAAGAUCUAGAACCUUACAUAAGCAUAUUGUUCUUCAAAGUUGGUUUUUGUGGUUUUUAAUCCUACAUUUUCCAUUGCUGUAUUAUUUAGAGUAUCUUUUGAAGUAUGCAAUUUUUCUCCUAGUGUCCAUAAUAUUUUAUUGUGGAUUUUCCUAUACAGAUAAUUUAGUCAAGAAAAUACGCAUCUUUUCACCAAUAGGUUUCCCAAUGUCAUCCUAUUAUUCAAUUCCAUCUUUACUUACACAUUCCAGCAUCAAAUUUUAUCACUUUUUCCUUUAAUUCUGUCAACAACAGUUUGUUAAAAAACUUUUGUUACUUUGUUUUUUUUAUUCCCUAUUAGCUGCAUACUUUUUUCUAUUUUGAUAUUUACUUUUAAUUGUGCUGCUAAUAUUCUUGUUUGAAACGCAUUCUACAUAAUGGGCCUUACUACCCAAAUGGAAGAAACGUAGAUGAUUGCAGACAUUUCUACUAUUAGGAUCAAAAUGUAAAACUAGAUUUUUUAAAAAUAAAAGAACUAUUGUCACUGAAAUAAAUCAUAAUUUAUUAUAGUACGUUCUAUAUAUACACUCAUGAUAUUUACAUACAAUACAAUUUAUCAUUUACAUACUAUACAAUCAGAGUUUAAAAUAAUAUACAGUAAAUAUCGAUAAAUGAAAAUACAGUAUAUAGAAAACAAAUAAUAAAAACCUUUGGUUCUUCUCCAUCGAGUCUAAGUACUCUACAGUUCAAUAUUAUUAGUCGGGAAUGUUUUGCUUUGAGUUGAAUAAUAUAAUGAUGAUGAUAAUUUGAAAAAAUAAUCGCUAUUUAUACUUUUGGACAGUUGAUAUUUACAUCAAAAUUUGUUACUACAAAAUAUCGACGACAGAAAUAUUUCCAUAAAUAAUAUCUGAUGUAGAAUUCUAAUGUCAUUCUGCUUAUUACCCCUAGUUAUCCAGAAAUUUGUCGACAUUUUAGCAUUCUGCUAACUUUUUUCAUAGUAACAAAUACAUUCACUACCAAAGAUAGGCCAAUAUAUUACUAGAUAUCACAUUUAAGUAAAUACAGUUAAACAGCUAAAUGGAGUGAAUCCUGAGUUAAAAUAAAAGGAAAAUACUUCCGAAAUAACCCACAUUUAACAAUGAGUCUUUCCCAAAGAUGUUCCGUCAUAUAAAUUAUUCUUAUAGUCAGCUUAAUACACAAGAACUCAAUCAAAA